AAAACAUAAAAAAGCAACAAAAAUAACAUGGGAGAAGAAGAUAUCUACAUACCAUCCCUGCAAUAAUUGCAAUAGAAGGCAAUAUUCUGGAAUUCUCCCGGGCGGGUGAUUGCCGCUUUCCAGCCAAUGCUAUUGUUUUCCCUUCCCUCAACCGGGCUCCUCCCCUCUUGCAGCCAAGACGCUGGCAUUUCGAGCUUUUCUGUCCCACGCGAGGAGCCGUACCGGAGAGGCCUGGUUCUAGUAGGCGCCAACGACGAGUGUUAAGGUAGUACUGAGAAGACUUUGUCAGAGCUGAAGAUGGUUUUAAAUGAGAUGAAUGAAGAUGGGUCUGAGCAAGAGGAUAGCGGAUGCCUGGAGUCUGAUGUCAUUGCUAAGGGAAACAUACUUGAGAGUUUUACAGAGAGUCAAGAAAUACGGGAGUUGAUUAAUGCUCUUGGAUCAGUGCAUGGAGACCUGAUACUGCGAGAAACAGCACUUGAAAAAUUUAAAGUUAUAUUGAACAAAUAUCAGGAACAGCCUCACCUUUUGGACCACCAUUUAGAGUGGAUGUUGAAUUCACUGCUAGAUAUUAUCCGGGAUGAAGCAUCUGCCCCUUCUUUAAUUCAUAUGACCUUUCAAUUUCUUUACAUCAUUUCAAAGGUGAGAGGGUAUAAAACUUUCCUGCGCCUAUUUCCCCAUGAAGUAGUUGAUGUACAACCUGUCUUGGAUAUGCUUGUAUCUCAGAAUCCAAAAGACUAUGAGACCUGGGAGACUCGUUACAUGCUCUUGUUGUGGUUGUCUGUCACGUGCUUGAUCCCGUUUGAUUUGGCACGGCUAGAUGGAAAUAUAUCUUCCUUAGAAGGCUGCCCUCGAGUGCCAAUAAUGGAUCGCAUCCUCACAGUGGCAAAAUUCUACUUGACUGUAAGUGACAAAGCUCGAGAUGCAGCUGCAGUCUUGGUCUCAAAGUUUAUUACCCGCCCUGAUGUCAAACAAAAAAAAAUGGCAGACUUCCUGGACUGGACCCUUUCAACAUUAUCUAAAUCCUCCUUUCAGACUAUUGAGGGGACUAUUGUAAUGGAUGGCAUGCUUCAAGCCCUGGCGCAACUUUUAAAACAUGGGAAAAGGGAAGACUGUUUACCAUACGCUUCUACUGUGCUUGAAUGCCUCGAUAACUGCAAGCUCUCUGAAAGUAACCAAACACUCCUUCGUAAGCUGGGAGUGAAACUUGUUCAGCGACUUGGCUUGACAUUUCUUAAGCCAAAAGUGGCAAAGUGGAGAUAUCAUCGGGGUUUCCGAUCUUUAGCUGCAAAUCUUCAGUUUUCUGCUAGUGGUCCUGUUUCACAGAAAGUAGUAAAUGCAGCAGGUGUUGAGGAGGAAGAGGAGGAAUAUGACAUCCCAGGAGAAGUUGAAAAUGUUAUUGAGCAAUUGCUGAUUGGACUGAAAGACAAGGACACCAUUGUCAGAUGGUCUGCAGCAAAAGGGAUCGGUAGACUGACUGGCAGGCUACCAAAAGAGCUAGCUGAUGAUGUAGUCGGGUCUGUCUUAGACUGUUUCAGCUUCCAAGAAACUGAUAAUGCUUGGCAUGGCGGAUGUUUGGCUCUAGCUGAAUUAGGAAGAAGAGGGUUGUUACUCCCCUCCCGGCUCUCUGAUGUUGUUCCUGUGAUUUUAAAAGGACUGAGCUACGAUGAGAAGCGAGGAGCCUGCAGUGUCGGCUCUAAUGUACGGGAUUCUGCUUGCUAUGUAUGUUGGGCUUUUGCUCGAGCAUAUGACCCCUUAGAAUUGAGACCCUUCGUCAAUCAAAUUUCAAGUGCCCUGGUUAUAACUGCUAUAUUUGACCGUGAUAUUAACUGCAGAAGAGCUGCCUCGGCUGCCUUCCAGGAGAAUGUUGGUAGACAGGGUACUUUCCCACAUGGAAUUGACAUUUUGACUGCAGCUGAUUAUUUUGCUGUUGGAAACAGAGCUAAUUGUUUUCUCAAUAUAAGUGUGUAUAUUGCUGGAUUUCCUGAGUAUACACAGUCGAUGAUUGAUCACCUGGUUAACAUAAAGAUCAACCACUGGGAUCCUAUUAUUCGGGAAUUUUCAACCAAGGCUCUGCAUAAUCUCACACCUCGAGCUCCUGAAUAUAUGACAAGCAAAGUUUUACCAAAAUUGCUGCCUUUGGCAAUUGGCACCGAUCUUCAUACUCGCCAUGGAGCAAUUUUGGCUUGUGCUGAGAUCACCCAUGCCUUGAGCAAACUAGCAGAAGAAAAUAAGAGAUCCAUUACAUCAUAUUUGGAUGAAAAAACCUUGGAAGGACUUAAACAGAUCCAUGUAGAGCUUUGCCGCCGGCAAUUGUAUCGGGGUUUGGGUGGAGAACUAAUGAGGCCAGCUGUCUGCGCUUUAAUUGAAAAGUUAUCACUUUCAAAAAUGCCUUUUAGAGGAGAUCCCAUAAUUGGUGGCUGGCAGUGGCUGAUAAAUGACACUUUUCAAAGUCUCCAUCUUGUUUCCAGCAAUGCAAGACAACAAAUAAAAGAAUUAGUAGUCUCUGCAUUAGCUGCUCUCUGUACUGAAUAUUACUGCAUUGAAGAGGAGGGAGCAAAUCUAGCUAAGCGAGAUGAGCUGGUGAAUCAAUAUAUUUCAGGCCUUCAAAGCCAUGAGGAAAUGAUUCGGUGUGGCUUUUCAUUAGCCUUGGGUGCUCUUCCUAAGUUUCUUCUAAAAGGCAAGCUUCAGGAGGUUGUAGAAGGAUUAAAGGGAGUCACUUCCAUUUCCCCUGAAUAUGUGAGCUUUGCUGAAUCCAGAAGAGAUGGCCUAAAAGCUAUUGCAAAGGUUUGCCUAGCAGUAGGGGUGAAAGGAGACGGCUCACCAUCUGAAGUUGUGUGCAAAAGUAAUGUUGUCCAGAUAUACAACACACUGUUGGAUGGUUUGAAAGAUUACACAACAGACAGUCGGGGUGAUGUUGGAGCAUGGGUGAGAGAAGCUGCUAUGACCAGUUUAAUGGAAAUGACCCUGUUGUUAGCACGGACUGAGUCGGAGUUAAUCGACGCAAAUGUUUCCAAGCAGAUCAUGUGCUGUGUGGCUCAACAAUCAGCUGAAAAAAUCGACCGAUUCCGAGCCCAUGCAGGAUCUGUGUUCCUCACACUUCUGCACUUUGACAGUCCUCCAAUUCCACACAUACCCCACCGAGAAGAUUUACAGAAGAUAUUUCCAAGAUCAGAGGCAGUAACCUUCAACUGGAAUGCACCAUCACAAGCCUUUCCUAAAAUCACACAGCUUUUGGGUUUACCAUCUUAUCGAUACCAUGUUCUAACAGGUCUGACUGUGUCUGUCGGUGGAUUGACUGAAUCAACUGUACGGUGCUCAUCACAGAGCCUGCUUGACUAUCUGAAAGGAAUUCAGAGCGAUAUGAAUGCAAUGAGCAGCUUUUGUGAGACACUGGUACAGGUCUUUGAGGACAAUCUGCUGAAUGAUAGGGUAUCUGUACCACUGCUAAAAAUGCUGGACCAGAUAUUGGCUAAUGGCUGCUUCGAUAUCUUUCUGGCUGAAGAGAACCACCCAUUUCCUAUGAAGUUGCUCACACUUUGUAAAGAAAAGAGCAGAAGAUCUAAAGAUAUCCAGAAACUUCGCUCCAGCAUUGCUGUGUUUUGUGGACUGAUUCAGUUUCCAGGUGACAUAAGAAAGAAAGUUCUGUUUCAGCUCUUCCUCCUUGUUUGCCAUCCAUUUCCUGUUAUAAGGACGACAACUGCCAGUCAGAUCUAUGAAAUGCUGAUAACAUACAGUGAUAUUGCUGAGCCUGAUAUUAUAGAAGAGGUCAUGGCAAUUUUGAGUGACACUAACUGGGAUGCAGAAUUGCCGUUACUGAGGAAGCAACGUAACUAUCUCUGUGACUUAAUGAAAGUCCCCAAACCACAACUAGUAGUUAAGAACACGUAAUUGGAAACCAAUUAAUACUGAAAACAAAUUCUUGGGAGCUGUAGAUAGGAAGGAGCUACUGGAUCAGUACCUUGAGAAACUAUAUUGUAUUAGCAAGCUAAAAGAAGAGUGCAAUCUUGCUUUCAGAAACUCUAUGUGUAUUUGGAGUUCAAACAAACUUAACAAAAAGGAAAGUCUAUUUGUGCUCACUCCUUAAUCUUUAACCACAAGAUGGCAGUUGGGCCACAUAAUAUUCUCGUCUUUCGAAUUCAAUAUGUAUUGCUGAUGUUUUGUGUUGUUUUCCCAAAAUUGAAUUAAAGUAUCUAUUGGAAAAAUCAA